CGCAUUUAAAAUACUGCGCUACCGACUUCUGGUUACGAUUAUAAGUGUGCUGUAACUUCAUGUUUGUGUUGUUUCUAAUCAUUUCCGAUUUUAUAUCAAUUCGAAAUUUGUAAAUAAUGAUUUCAUCUUCAUCAUCUAUUAUUACAAAACUAUUAACAACUCAUCAAAAAUGUACACUAAUUAUUACUGGUCAUCAUGUUAGGCAUAAAAAAUACUAUCGUCAUUGGGAAAUACCAUUUCAUUUAGAUGAUUUUCAAACUAUCACCUUAUCAAAACCAAAUGCAUAUGAACGAUGGAAUCAAGAAUGGACUAAUUCUUGUCUACCAAAUGAAUUACAAUAUUUCGAUACUGCACGUCUUCCAAUACAUUUAAAAGCAAGAAUGCAACCAGCUACGGAAUUUUUUAAAAUAUCUAGUCGUAAAGAAAAAACAGAAGAUUAUCGUAGACGUUUAUUUGGCGAGUAUGGAUUACAAACUGGUGUUAAUCCUGGUUGUUUAUUUAUGGAUCAGAAUGAACUGGCUUAUGAACAAAACAAAGAGAAUUUACGUGAAUCUCCAGUCAUAGAAGUUGUCAAUGCUAAGAAAGAACAAGAGGAAAAAGCCAGACAAGACAAUGAAGCAUUAAUGUUAAGAAUUCGUAAGAAUUUAAGUAAAAUGCCUGAAAUGUUAGAGAAAUUUCGUAAUCAACAAGCAAAACAUUUAUCAGUUGAUUUAGUGAAACAAGACAAAAUGAAAAUGAUCAUGGAAGAGGCAAGAGAUCGUUUUGGUUAUUAUCCAACAAAACAUGAUCCAAAAUUUGUGAAAUUGUUACAAAAAUAUGAAGAGAAGAAUAAAAUGGAACGUAAAGAGAAAAAGAAACGAUAAACAUGCGGGUGUGUGUGUUUGUGUGUAUAGAGGAGAUUGAGUCUUUUUCUUCUUUGAUAUAUAUAUAUAUAUAAUAAAAUAUUAUGCAUAGUUUCAAAAUGUACAUACUACUACUAAUCAUUCAAUCAAAAACUACAUAGUUGUAUAGUAAGUAAUAACUUAAAAUUAAACUGUAAUGAUGAUGUUGUAUUCCUUCAUUGUUCUUCUCUACUUUUAAAAUGACGUGAUAAUUUUUACAGUGUAA